AUGUCGGAGACACCUCUCACCUGGAAUCAAGCGGUGAAAGGAAUGACUGAAUUUAUCGAAGUUGCCAUCCAUACUAUCCUCUACGUCAGACAAAUAUACCCAGCAGAUCUAUUUGUGCGACGGAAGAAAUACGACACGCCCGUCUUCCAGUCUCGCCAUCCCGCGUUAAAUGAAUAUAUUUCUGGCACUGUCAAGGCUGUUUCCGACGAACUUGUACUCGGCAAUGUCGACAAGGUGGUAGUCGUUAUCAAGGACAAGAACCAAGUGGCCCUUGAGCGCUUCAUCUUUUCAGUCCAAAACAUGAUUGAGGUCGAAUCCUAUAACAAAGAUACGAGCGUGCAGGAGGCGAUGUCCUCCGCUCAACUUGGCCAGUAUUUUCGCUCCUUUCUCAUCAAACUGAAUAUGAUCGAGUCUCAACUGGGGCUUCUCGAACUUCCCACCGGUGACGAAGCCUCAUUUGCAAUAGUCCUUGAACUCAAGGAAAAUACAGUGCCCUCAGCUUCCAAGGACAACGAACCCCCACCAUGGGUACCCGCAGACCGUCAACACACAACCUCUGGGGCAUCUGAAGAAGCCCAGUUGCACCUCCUUCGGGCAGUAGACACAGGUAUCAUCAAUAUCUCUCUUGCAGUUCAAGAAUCCGAACACAAGCUCCAACUCAUCAAGAACCCAGAUGAUUCCGCGUACGAUAUCGAAGGAUAA